CCGCAUCGUCUCUCUCCAGCGCUGUCGGCCCGGCUUAAAGUGAUUAAUUACUUAACAAAUGCUCACUGCUCUUUUAUGUUGCGAACGAGGUUGUGGCUACGAAGGCCGGCUUUUGCAAGAAGCUCCACGCUACGGUCGUCCUGGGACCUACCACGAAAGCGUUUCUUCAGGCAUGAUUGAGAGACUGAUACGCUCAUGCGUGGCACUUCUUCUUGCGUGCGGAACGUGCAUCGCAUCCAGUGAGAUGGACGAGUCACCAGAGUGCAAACGAGUGACGAGAGCUGUUGAUGCCUGCUCAGAGAAGUUCAACGGAAGACUACCCAGAGAGCUUCUCACAAAGGACGCAAGCGAAUCAUUAAGGAGAAAGCUUUCACUCUGCGUCGAACAAUACACCCCUGCCAGCGAGUUUCUAGACCCGUGCACCAGCGAAGUUGGGAUGACGAUCGCAGCGCAUUGCAUUAGGGCGAAAAUGUUCGAGAUGGCGUCUAUAAAGCACAAGUACGGAAUACUGGUGCUCGUCGACGAAUUCGUGGAGUGCAUGGCUCGAGAACUGCGCCAACCACUGGCGAUCUUGCGAAGUGCUGCUGAAGGCGCGAGGUGAGCCGACGGCGACGAGACCGUUCCCGAACCCGUGCGCCGCGACCACGAACGCACCAACUCGGGAUUGGACGCACAUUGCAGACUGGGGGCUCGACGUGCCCAAGGCGGAUGUUACAGUGACUUCCUAAUAAACCCUCUAUAGUCAUUGUCA